GUUUUUGAGCAGGCUGAAAUUGUUUCUACUUAGCAAAAAAUUGGACAAAGAUUUACGCAACAAAUAUAAACAAGAGUGUGGAGUUUUUAUAUUCAAUAAGCACCGUUUUAAGCAAAUGGCCACAGCAAACAAAUUGGGCAAAAGCCUGCAAAAAAUUUUCGUGGGAAAUAUACCGUGGACGGUGGGCCAUCAGGAGUUGCGUGCUUAUUUCAAGGAAUUUGGACGCGUCGUCUCCGCUAACGUAAUAUUCGAUAAAAAUACCGGCUGUUCACGUGGGUACGGUUUCGUUUUAUUCGAUGACAUUACGCCAAUAGAGAAGAUUGAAAGUGAACAAAAACACGUGCUCGAGGGCAAUUAUCUAAACAUUCGGAAGUCAUAGACAUUUAUCUCGACUCUUGAUAUAAAUUUUAAGACAUUAAACAUACAAAAAUUCAUAAGUAAAUAAUCUUAACCCGACGAAAGAAGACUAAAAUAUUAUUUGACUAUGUCAACAUCAGAUUUUU